AUGGAGGAUCUCCUGCUGCAGAUCGUCCGAGAAUCGAGCAAUGCAAAAUUACAAAAUUUGCGAAAAUCAGCGCAGGAAGCGUACGACUUCCUGGACAAGCAGCAGGGGUUGCUACGCGAUCCACCCCACGAGCUGCGAGCAAAAUGUCUACACGCUCUUCAGCUAGCACUGGAAACGAAGAGAAGCAAAUUCGUCGCGUUUGGUUUGUCUGGUUUGCACAAAAUGUUGAGGGACGACAGAUUCCAGUCGCCGUACGAGCCAGAGGACGACUCUCUCUGGCUACCCGCGCAAAUGUUGCACGCGAUGAGCUCUAUGCUGUCGCAGUCAGACGACACUCAGACGGAUAUGCUAAAAGUUUUGUUACAAGUGGCUUGCUCUUCUUACUGGACGAUGAACGGUCGCCUGAUAAUCGCAAUUCUCACGACCUGCUGCGAGGCUUUCGAAAACGGGAACCAAGCGGUGAGGACAGCCGCUCAGGCGGCUACCAGCCAAACCCUGCGAUCGUUCUGCUUGUUCUUAGACGAAGAGUGCCAGGAGAUGGACGAGAACGCGAAGAAGAACAAGAACGUCUGGGAGAGAGGUGUUUCGUGUUUCAACGAGGCUCUCCCUAUACUUCAGUACAUUUGCAGCAAAUUGGACGAAGCUCAGAACAAUAGCAGAAACGGUAACACUGUCGUGUUUCUACUCGAGUGUCUCCAUACGUUGAUCUCUUCGCUGCCGCAGAAGAUUCACACGAACGCACACUUCACCGCAUUCCUAUGGCAGAAAUUCUGUCCAGCUUUGAUCGCUUUUCUGGGCACACCGAGGGUCGACAAGACCUUCACCUCCAGAGAGGGAAAGGAGAACGAAAUUGGAAGGGGUUCUGGAUAUUUGGCCACCUCUUUGAGCUUUGAUAGCCAUCAGGCGAAAACUGUCUACAGCAUUGGAACGGAAUUAGUGAGACUGGUGGGCUGCGUCGGUCCUCUCAGGCCAGUUCUAGAAUCGGUAUUCCACAGAAUGUUACUAUACCCGCCACCUCAGCAACGAUUAGAAUCUCUGAAAGCUCUGAAGGAGCUUCUAAGAAGUCCCAGUCGAAUGGUUGAUUUUACCGGUCCAUUACUAGUGGAGGAAGACAAGUCCAGUCACAUUCAAAGCGACAUGGCGUUGAUGAGAUUAGCAAUGGACUCGAUCGAGGAGUCGACAACUGGCGGAUUAAGCACGCUGCACGCGAGUGUGUCGUGCGUGGUCGCGAUGCUCUCCGCUCUUCAGGAAUUGUGCGAGGGGAAGGCUAUCAAUCAUAUCUACACGUGUGUGAUCAAUAGUCUGUACGAAGACUUGGAGUCGUGCGAUUACAAAGGACCUCUGACCUACCAGAGCAUGGCACGCUUGCCAAAAACCUACAGAGAGCAGCUGGAGCUCAUGAAGAAGGGAAUUGGCUCGGAUUCAGACUCUUCCGGUCACGGACCAUCCGAAGAUGGCGACUCUACGGACACCGAAGGCCCUCAGAACGAGUCCGACGAAGUUCAAGAGGAAAACAGCUUGGAGGACAACGAUUACGCGAUAGAGAACGAAAGGGAGAGACUGAGAUUAGAGAAAUUGCCCAAGUGUCUUCACGUCGGUCGUCAAGUUGCCGACGAGUGCAACGUCGACAUGGAGAGGCACAACGCGAGGAAAUUCGUCAAGACUCUGAAGAGCGAUUUGAUUCCCAUGGUGCUGAGUUUGAGGAGCAAUAUAGAGGUUGACGAAGCUCUGCAGAAUUUUGCUUCGGAGUAUUGUCAAGGGGUCUUCACAGCUCAGCAGAAGAUGCAGGAGCAGACUGAUACUAGCACAGAUUCUUGUGCGUUGGUUACAAUAAUGAAUGCUGAUGGAAUUUACUUAGCCACCUACGCUGCCUUGUUGUUGAACCUGAAGCUGAUCAGGAUUAAUUAUUAUCACGAGGAUAAUCGACAGGUUCCCAUCAGUGAGGAACAAUUCGUGGAAGAGGUGCAUGGAUCCGGAGUUCUGGUUUAUCUCUCAGCAACCUGGUUAUCUGAACUGUACCAACAAGUUCUUGCGAGCAAUUUGCUCGAGAAAUGUGGCUACAAUCCUCACGAUACCGAAAAUAGUGCUUUGAUUAACGUGUUGACUGACGUCGAUGGGAUUCCUGGCAGCCAAAGAGGUGGACAGCUUCUGUCUGACUACAUAAGACUGGAAAGAGCUCAGCUGUCUCGAAGCGAGCCUACGCCGGAAGCUGAAGCAGGUGCCAAGCUUUCAAGAAGAGUGUUAACUUGCUGCUGGGGAAGUAUGAUGACUGUGUUAACGACAGGAUUGAAUCCUCCAAAGGAGCAGAACAAUAAGGGAAUCUUGAACAGAGAUGGUGGCAGUAGAUGUAUCAGAGACACCGUGGUUUUGUCCUUAGAAGGUCUUCAUAAAGCUGCAAUCCUCAGCAAUAUUCUUGGUCUGCAAAAUCGCUGCGGUUCCAUCUUUGCUCUGCUGGUAAAAGCAGCCUGCACCGAACAGUCUAUCUCGAAAAUCACGAGAACCAAGGACGUUCUGCGUCUGAAAUUGCAAAACAGGGCAACGAAUAUUCACACGUCGCAUGCUCUGAGCAUGGACGUGCUUCUGGGAAAGGGGUUGGAGCUUGGAAGCCACGGCAGCGAUUGCUGGCCUCACGUUUUCACGUGCUGUUUAUACGUGAGCAAAUUGGAGCACGAUUUCUUCGGAAGAAACCAGAAUCCAUCGUUGCCUAAGACUCAGCAGAAGAAGGAGAAGAAAGACGGUGCAAAUGGAGAUGCCAAGGGUAGCCAAGACAGAUUAAAGCUGAAUUUCAACAUCGUGGACGAAGAAGAGACCUGUGUCGACGUCUACAGUUUCCUAUCCAGUCCAUACACACAGAAUCCCAGCACAGACACCAUCCCAGAAAUUAUCCAAGAAUCGAACGCAGACAGUCAAUUCAACGGAAUUCUCCCUGCAGACUACGCAGCAAAGAUCAUCUGCGUCUUAUCUCAGCAAGUGGACAGAUUAUUUGAAAACGCGGCACUAAAAUUGAACCUCAGAGCACUGUGUCUCUUCCUAGCUGCUCUCUGCAAGGCUAGCAAAGCUCAGUUGUUCAAAACCACCGACGGUUCGAAAGACAAUAAGAGAUUCUGGUGGAGGAGGAGCAAACCCAGAGAAAACGAGAUGAACGUCCUACUUUUGGCUAGAUUAGGAGAAGUUAUGUUAAAAUGCGUAAAAAGUGGACGUCCCUUGAUCCACAUAAUGAGGGUUUGGAGUAUCCUAGGGCCUCAUUUCAUGGAGGCAGCCUGCCACAAGGAUCGUGGCAUCUCUAAAAAGGCAGUUCAGUGCAUCCACGAUUCUAUGGCUGCUCUGUUGAACGAGCAAAUAGAACUUCCUCACUUUCACUUCAACGAAGCUCUCUUCAAGCCCUUCGAGAACCUUCUGUGCCUAGAGCUGUGCGACAGCGACGUCCAGGAUCAAAUCGUCAGCUGCAUCUGCGAGUUCGUGGAGACCAACAGAACCGAGAUUCGAUCGGGUUGGCGGCCAUUGUUCGGCGCUCUUCGUGUAGCCUCGGUCGGUAAUUCAGAUUCCGUCGAGUCGGCGCCGUUGCUCGAGGUUUUCAGGGUCUUUCUCUCCACCGACAACACGCUGGUCUUUGCUAACGCGGCGCUAGAUUGCAUUCUCUGUCUUCUGAGACACGUGAGAGGCAUCGGUGACACGGAGAGUCAUCAGGACGAUCAGGAGCAGAUCGACGUCGCUGAAUCGAGGAGAAUGAGACUCUGCGUGGAGAGUCUGAAGUAUCUGCUGAGCUGCAGCGACAUCUUGGCCUCUAUGUAUGGCAUGCCAGCCUGUCCGAUCUUUCAUUCAGCCCAGAGGAUCCAAGUCUCCACUAUUCCUCAAUACGUCGAUCCUAUCAUACCCAACACAGAGCUGAUCAGAUUCGACAAGCACGCCGAUUCCAUUCAAGAGACCAUUCCUGAGAGACCUCACGACGUGCUGAUGGACAACGUUCAUACCAUGACCACUUUGCAAAGCAUGGACAAGCCCAGUGGAAUUUUGAGGGUUUGGUAUAUAUUGAUAGAGGGUCUAGCCAGCGCUACCAUGAUCUGUCCUAAACGUUAUCAGCCUCACACUUUGGAGACGCUGUUUCAUUUGUUGAGGGACACCUUGAAUACACCUGGACCAACUUUCGGGCUGUACUGCGUGAACCAUUUGCUUCUACCUAUGGUACAGAAUUGGUUAAGGAGGACGUCUAAGAUCUUCAGGGGUUGGGACAAUUUCGCGCCGAAUUUUAAGCAGUGUUGCGGACUUACGACGGAUCUGGUCGUUGAUUAUUUGACACACUUGCAAGGUCCCGAGGUUGUCAGGAACGAUGCCUAUCUCCCAGCCACGACGCUGAUGCUGAAACAACUGUUGCUGGUAAUGGCCGAAUGCGUGGUGCAGUCCACUGAAAGCAUAGCUCGCCUGGGUUGUGCGUGUAUUCGGCACGUCCUGGUGAGCAGCGGGCCGCUCCUCACCCCAGAACAAUGGAAGGUCUGCGGCGUCGCCUGUUACCGCGCUUGUUCCAACUCCCUGCAAGAGUUGCACCAGCUGACCAUGGCUUUCUCGCCGAGAUCCGAGUCCUUUUACGGUGACGUCGCGCAGGUCAAGGUUGCCGCGCGACGGGAUGCGACCAUCGAAGAGUCCGAACGACUACGACAGCUCGCCGCUCAGGUGUUCCUCCUGGAGGAACAACGAGUCGAAGAUAUCCUGAGAAGAUCGGACGACAGGUCCUACGUUUUCCUUCUCUAUCCACCGGCGGUGGCAUCCACCCUCAAUCCUGAUUUUUAUAUCGUUAGAGUACAACUCAGAGCACUGGUGGUCGGCCUCUUGGUCCACCAAAUGCUUCUUCAUUGUAUCGCCAGUGUUCUCUUGCAAGGCUCCGAUUCGUCGUUCCCUAGUUUGUCCAAUCUCAUACCACAAUCAGCUGCACCAUCUUCGCCGAAAACCAUCGCACCUGGUUACCUGUCCUACCUGAACAGCCAACACGUGGACAUCUUCCUCUCAGCGUUGGAUCUCUCCUACGCGACAGCUCUGAAAUUCGACUGCCGUCCUGGACUGAAGUUCAUCCUUCAGAAAGUGGCGAAUCUUCCUCAACCGGCGAACCUCUAUCGCCAGGCUGGAGUAGCUUGGACCAUAAAGAUAGUCACUCUGUUCGAGCUCUGUUUGCACGAGAUAGCAGAGACGGAGGCUACUCUGGACACCGUGAAGAUGAUUUUAACGUCGAAUCUCGGAGGCAGAGAGAGCCUGAAGAGUCCCGAAUUUCAAAAAUUAUCGAGAUAUCUCAGACAGUUGAGAUCCACGUUCGAAGAACUCUGCGAGAGCUACGUAGACGUGGUUUUGGACGAAGAUGGAAGGCACACUAAAGUGGACAGUUUCUCUGAGAGGAAGAUAUUCUUACUGGUAGCUCAGCCGGACGAUUUUCCAGAGAUCACGAGCAAAGAAGUGAUUAACGACAGAGCUAUAGCUACUCCAGCUCCGAUGGAACUGUCCGAGGAUUCCGAGGAUCUGGAGAAUCAAGAUAUAGGGGAUAUAGAGGACUACAAUCCUAAUUUGGACGACGAUUGCGGACUCGACGAGCUUGGAGUAGAGUGUGAAGACGAUCCAAGGCUUUUCAGACUGUCUGACCUGGCGGUGGAAUAUUCUACUGACUCUGGCCCCCAAUCUGAACCAGAAACAGACGACUCCAGGCCUGCUUCCAGGAUUGGAUCGGUCACAGAGAAGUGUGUGUACCCUGACAGAUCUGGUGGAACCUCCAGCGAAGGAUACAUCGACGAAAAGUACACCAUCACUCCGGCUCCUUUUCGAAUAAUCAAUGAUCACGAUAACCUGUACUACAAUCUUAAUUCUCUCCGGAGAACAGAGUCUGUCGACUCGUUCGGUACUUCCGUGUUGGAGAUGAAGGGAACGAACAGCAGCUACGACGAGCUGAACACUUUCCAAAGAUUGAAGCUGCAACGACGAAGAAGCGACGCUUGUUUGCUAAUGAGAAAGAAUUCCCUGAGAUUCGUCGAGUCGACCGAGAACGACGAUUCCGAGAGAUUCGUGAGAUUCAGCUCGAACAGCUUCAGAUGUCGAUCCGUGAUGGAGAUGAGAAAGACUGCUUCCACUGCGUCCAGCUCCUCGAACGAUCUCGAUCUGUCUCCGCGGAUCUCGUCGAAGAUCGAGGAGAAAGAGGAGAGCGACUCGUCGAAGGUUUUCGACAAUAUCGACGAAUUGUUGCGUGAUUACGAGAGAAGCAAGAGGGGAUUCAGGACGAAUCCGUUUUUAAAGAAAGUCGAGGACGAGUCUUUUGUCGCGUCUCGAGAGAUACCGAGCCAGGAAUCUGCUUAUCAGAGGAAGGCUAACGUGUGCAAGGACAGCGAAGCUCAUAGGAAAGCUUGGGCAGAGAUGUUGAGCACCGUUUUGGACUGGACACUGGCCCUGUCGGAUGAUCAACUGACGCCGCUGCUUCCUGUUUUCGUGAGUGGCGUCAGGAUGCUCACCAGGCAUGCGGUCGACCAGGUCCUCAAGCAACGAUUGUCGGCUCUUUUCCAUCGAAUCGCGGUGUUGUACGGGUUGACGAGCAAUUAGGAACAGCUUCAAUACAUCUGGGAACAGAUGUAUCUUCACAAAUCUUUCUGAAGUCCUGUGAUCCUUUCUUUUCUCGGGGACACUGAGAAGUUUCAAUGUUUCUAUACACGCGUUUUCAAUAAGACAGACUGUUGAUCAGGGUCAAUGAACGACGAAUUUUACACUAAUCUAUCUUAAAGACGAGCUUCUACGAUCGUUGUCAUCUGGAGAUUGCUUCCAGGAAAACUAUGAAAUUUCACAGGACUGCUGAUGAAU